GGGGUCCAUUGUUAUUUGCGUACGGGGAAGAAUGGCGAUGUGCACAAUAUUACGAUGUGUCUCUGUUAGUUUGACCUCCUCUCUACCUCGACUCUCAAGCAGAAAUUCUCUGACUCCAGCUAGACUACUGGCGAGAACAUGCUAUAAAAGGUUCCUGAACACAACCGCUCCAUUUUGCGCAGCACUAAAGUUCACAGACAAACACGAGUGGGUUCGCGUGGACAGUGGUGUGGCAACAGUAGGCAUCAGUAAUUUUGCUCAGGAGGCUCUGGGGGACGUUGUCUACUGUGGGCUCCCUGAAGUUGGUGCAAAUUUAUCACAGUCAGAUGAAUUCGGUACUCUGGAGAGUGUUAAAGCAGCAAGUGAGUUGUACUCUCCUCUAACGGGGGAAGUGACAGAAGUCAAUGAUGCCCUGGCGGACAACCCAGGACUGGUGAACAAGUCUUGCUAUAAAGAUGGCUGGCUGAUGAAGAUGACCGUAUCUGUUCCUGAGGAAUUAAACGAACUGAUGGAUGAAGCUGCUUAUGAGAGAUACAUCAAAUCUAUAGAGGACUAGAUCGUUCUGCUGGCAUGUUGCAUAUGGGGGAGAACCAAUUAAGGAAUGUUUAUUUCUUAAUCAAUUGCUUUUUGCUUGUAGUUAAUUCUUCUAAAAUAUAUUUUCCCUUCAACCCACACUCAACCAUUGGACAUGGUCACAACAUUAUGCACUUCGCUUGGAAAACAACAAGCAGGCCUGGAUUGAUUGAGCCCGUUACUUUGUUUGUUUUCUAGCCACAGAGAGUUGAAGAUCAAAUAUGCACAGCUUAUGUAACAGUUUCUUCUCAUUUGUAGAUGUCGCACUGUUCCUGUGAAAGUUUGUCAUUGCUUGGAAUAAGCUACAAAUAAAAUGUGGAAGUAUGAAUAACACUAAAAGUCCAAUUUGAGGACAGUUAUGAAAUCUGUUGGUUUUGAGGACUCACAGUUGAGUGAAAGUGAUUAACAUUAAACAACUAUUUAAAACUCA